GUCAUUAGCAGUACAGCCUGCUUCCGCUGAGUGCAGUCAUUGCCUCUCGGAAUACAACACUAGCGCAUCUGCCUUUCAAGCUGGCUAUUGUUCAAUAUUGAAUCGUAGUGUAGUAUGUCCAAAAUGGAAAAAAUACCGCUCUUGUGGCUUUUUGUUCAGGCCGCGGUUGUCGUUGCGUCAUGUUUCACCGAUGUGGAAACUGGGCCUGUUGCAGGUGUAUCGACUCAGACGACCGGUGAUCGGUUCAAAAUUGAAGGAAGGGCAAUCGUUCCUGGUGUAAAGACACAAGACUGGGUUUCCACGGCACGGGUUCUUGUAGACGGUGAAGACUACGUUGGUUUUUUGAGAACUGAUGGCAGUUUCGCAGUAAACGACAUCCCUUCUGGUUCUUACGUUGUCGAAAUUGUCACCCCUGGAUACAGAUUUGAGCCAGUGCGUGUUGAUAUCACAUCCAAGGGGAAAAUGCGAGCACGCCUUGUAAACUACAUCAAGACUUCAGAAGUAAUCCGCCAGCCAUAUCCUCUCCAAAUAAGGGCGAGUGGAAUUCACAGCUACUUCAUGAAAAGGGAAACCUGGGGCUGGACUGAUUUUCUCAUGAAUCCGAUGGUCAUGAUGAUGGUGCUGCCACUGCUAAUCAUUGUUUUACUGCCCAAAGUGGUCAACACCAAUGAUCCAGAAAUGAGAAAGGAAAUGGAGCAAUCUAUGAACAUGCUCAACCCCAACCCUGAACUCCCAGAUGUCUCUGAGCUCAUGACCAAGCUCUUCUCCGGGUCCAAGGGAUCCAGCAAAGCAGGUAGCAGCAGCAAGGGCACCAGGCCAGCUGUUAAGAGGAGGUAGUACGCAUACCUCAUUUGCCCGAAAAAGCACGUCAAGUCAUGGAUGCAGAAUUUUAAGUGACCUCCUAUUUUCUCCUGUCAUGGGUCUUAUUGUACAGUUCUCUUGCUGAACAGCUUCAAACUAUUUAGAACCUACAGAUUCAUGUUUUGUUCAUAAAGUUCUAACAGAAAUUUCUCUCAAAAGCAGUUGUUCUGCCAGCAUGUGAUUGUAAUCCUUAUCAGACUUUUCUGUGCUAAUCCUUUGGUGUGCUUUGCUGCUAAUUCCACUACCUGAAAUACAACUUCUAUAAAUAUUGAGAGAUUUUUUUCCCCAGUAAUAUAACUGUGAAUGAAGGUUAAUUGAAUAAAUGUUGAGACUGAUGUUAAGAUCUUAUUUAAAAACUUGGAUAAAUAAAUAACACCACUAUAUGAAAA